GUUACAUAUUAAUUGCGUCAUAAAAUAACAGUGAACGCGUCGUUUCCCCGGAGCUCCUGAUUUUUCUACGAUUAAUCCAUCAAUAAUCCACGUGGUUGUGGUACUGGUCUAACUCCAAAUGGACAAUAUUGACAAUAAAUUUUGGACAAAUGUUGGAAUCUUUGGAGCAUUUCAAUUGGUCUAUAAGCUAUUGUUUAUUAUUAUAUUUGAAAUGUUUAUCAAAGCUGUAUAUGAAAUUAUAAACUGGAUUUUAUUUGAAUUUAUCAAGUCCCCAUGGAAUGUGGUUAAAGGCCGGAAUCAAGGUCGACCACGGCGCUUGACCAUUCAACCGAGUGAGAAAGUCAAAAGAAAAAAAAAACAAUAUAGUGGGAAAUUAACCAAGCAUCCCGUAUAUAUUUUUUUUCAUCUCAUCCAUGUCACCUUUCGCCAACAACACAUCUAAUCAUAGCAUCAUAACGCAAGGAUUUUGUCACCAAGAGUUGAGAGUUAUUUUGUUCCGGGGUUAAAUAAAAAAAAUAUAAAAAAAAAGAGAGAGAGAGCAAGGUCUCUCAUAACAAACAGUCAACGUGUGUUGACAUCAAGCAGUGGCUUUAGAUCGGGAAAGUGGAUCUGGCAGCAGAGAAAAUCCAAGUGCACAGAUCCGGGUGGUUGAAUUAAUAAAAAAAUAACGAGAGAGGAAAAAAAGAAUUAAUUAAUCCGCUAAUAUGAACAUUUUGUGAAAAACGUUAACUGUGAAUUGUAGUUUUUUUUUUUUAAUUUUUUAUUUAAUACAAAAGAGUGUGCGUCAAGUAAAAAUAACAAAAACAAUUGUGUUAAAACAAACAAGUGACUUGGUUGAUCAUGGAGACUGAGGAGCUCAUCAAGCUCGUCGAUGGAAUAUACAAGAAUAUCUUGGAUAAAUUCAAUCCAGGAGCAAGGCAACUUAUCAAUGCAGGCAAGGCGUAUUUAAAGGCACUUCAUGGCGCAGCAGCGGCAAAUAGGGUUUACGUGGAUGCUCUUUCCAGGUUGGCCCGUCAAGCACAGCUGGGCACAUGGGGUGGCUCUCAGGAUGUUGGCUCAGCAUUGAUGAGAAUUGUCGAAGUUUACAAGGAAAUUCAAGAACAAGAAAUGAACAUUUUGAAAGCAUUCUAUGUGGAUCUACUGGUUCCCCUUGAAACAAAUCUGGAAAAAGAUACAAAAGUUGUGCAGAGUGAACAAAAAAAAUUUCUACAGCAGCAUAAAACGAGAUCCGAAACGUACAGUAAAGCUGCAGCAACAAUGAAAAAACAACGUAAAAAAUCAAGAGGUGCUAGUAAAAGUGGUUUGGCUAUGGAUAAAGAAUUAAAAAAUAUGCAAAUACUUGAAGAAGAAAAAUCAAAGCUAGAUGCAUUUUGUGAACAAAGUUUAAAAAAUGCAAUGACACAGGAAAGAAGACGAUAUGGUUUUGUUUUAGAAAGACAAUGUUCACUUGCAAAACAUUAUGCAAGUUUUCAUGAAGUUGCACUUGCUUCUCUUCAUCCGUCUGUUGAUGAUUGGCGUGAAAUUGCAAAUACACGUGAAUAUUUGCCACAAUCUGUUGAAGAUAUGUUUGCAUCUAGACUACGACAAGUAUCAUUUUGGCCUGAAGACGAUGAAAAUGGUGGUUCAGAUUUAACAAUGAGUUCACAGCUACGAAAAACAAGAAGUAUGGAUAGUUCAUGUCUUGAAUUACGUCUUGGUCCACCACCAAGUCAUCCACCAUCAUUACAUCCAAGUGCAUCAUCUCAUAUAUCAUCAGCAUUGUCAAGAGCUCGAUCAGAAGUUAAUAUACAUUCAUCAAGUCUUUCACUUGGACCAGAAGUACCAGAAACUCCACCAAGACCAAGAUCAAUGGCACCAACAUCACGUAACAGUAUUGUUGGCAAUGGUGGUAUUGGUAGUGGUGGUGGUGGUGGUACUAGUGUCACUGGUGGUUCAUCCGGUGGUUGGGGUGAUGCUUCUCUUGCUCGUGCACUAUUUGCUUAUCUUAGCUCUGGUGAAAAUCAGCUGAGUUUCUUGGAGGGUGAUCUUAUCGCACUCAUGGGUGAUCGACAAAAAGGAUGGCAAUUUGGUGAAAAUUUACGUACACAAGGUACAGGCUGGUUUCCUCUGGCAUACACUGAAGUCAUCAUUGAUGAUAGUUUAGGAUCACCAAAUCAUGCUGCAAAUAAUGGUAGAUCACCAGAUCUAAGAGCAAUGCCACCAUGUAAACCAGCACCAUCACGUCCACCACCAAGUAUCGAUGAAAUUUCUAAUAUUGGAAAUGGUAAUAUUGCUAAUAAUAAUAACAGUGUUAUUAGUUCAAAUAUAAACAAUGGUACACCAACAAAUGUACCAAAAAGCCAUAGUUCACACAAUGUUGCAACACCAACUGGUCGUCAGCCAAAAUCUAUUCGUACAUCAGGCACAAUGCCAUCUUUACUUGCUGCAAGUAGAAGAAUUCAGCCUCCAGUUCCUCCAAUUCCUCCACCAGCAGUAACAUCACUUCACAGCAGUAACGACAGUGGUUUUUCAAAUGAACCACCAGUGCAACCAGACAUUGAUUACAGUGAUGAUGACGCAAUGAGACAAAGACGAAGAAAGACUCGAGGGGAUCGUCUUGAGGCAGCUGAAAGAGCUAUGCAACAGCAGCAACAGCAUCAACAUCGUGAAGAUACUGAAAAAAUCAACAACAGUAUCAACAAUAAUAAUAAUAACAACAACAAGAAUAGUAAAGAUUGGGGCAACGAUUCAUGGAAGACAAUCCCAAGAGACGAAAAGACCUGGCACAUGUAUAGAAACCAAAUGGAAAUGUGGUCAGAUUCAAAGAAUGAAAAUUCAAAGGACAAUCUCGAGGGAAGAUAUACAUCAACAAAUAAUAGAAGACAUGAUGAGAGUCAUGAACGUAAAGAUUAUACAACACGUAAUACAGAAUGUGACACAAGGGAUAAACGUGAACGUAAAAUUGAAAAAAAUAGAAAAUUAGAUUAUGAAAAUCAAAAAAUACGUCAAGAUAAAAAUGAACGUACAAGAUAUAAAAAUGAUGAUGAACAUUUACGUGAUACAACAAUAAUAAAUCGUCGUAAAAAAGUUAAUUCAUAUGAUACAAAAAAUAAAAUUAACAUUGAUGAAUCUGAUGAUGAUCAACAACAUAUUAUCAAUACGAACAAUAAUGAUGAAGAUGAAGAUGAUGAUACAUAUGGUACAAACAAUUACAAUGAAAAAUAUGAUAAAAAAAAAUAUUACAACAAUAAUAAUACUAACGAGGAUGAUGACGAUGAUGAUGAUGAUGAUGAAAUUGAUGAUAAUGUUACUGAAAAUGAUAACAACAAUAAUAAUAGUAGCUAUCAUGAUAAUAAUAAUAAUCAUAAAUAUGACAAUGAUAAAUGUGAUUCAGUAUCAUCAAAUUCCGACUCUGAAGACACAAGUACAAUAACAAUACCAGAAAUUGGACGUAAAGUUGAACAUAUUGCACAAAAGUUGGAACAAACAGCACAAAAAUAUGCACGUGAACAUAGUCCACCAAAAUUUAUGGACAGUAAAAAUCGUGGUGAUUAUACAAAAAGUCUUGAACGUAAUGAUAAUUAUGACAGAGAAAUAAGAUCAUCAAAAUCACAUUUUGAUAAUGAUAAUAAAAAUACCAAUAGAAAUCAAUCAUACGAGCGUGAAAGAACAUUUGAAAAAAAUCCAGAUAGAAAACGUAAUAUUGAACGUGAAUCAAAUCGUCGUUUUGAACGUCCAAAACCACCAUUUGAAGAUGCACCAGAACGUCCAACAACACGUCCAUCAUAUAGAGAACGUCGUUAUUCUGAUAAAGAAGAUAUUUAUGGUGAAACAACAAAUAGAAUAAUAAAAAAUAAUAAUAAUUCUAAUAAUAGAGAAUUAAAUGAAAAAGAACGUGGUUAUGAAUCAAAUUUUGAAACAAAAUUAGAACGUAAUAAAAUCAUUGAAAAAGUACAAUUGAAUGAUGAUAAUAAGAAAAAAAAAAAUACAAUAAUUGAUGAUAAUAAUAAUACAUUAAAAAAUGAUAAUAAAAAAAUUAUGUUACCAAGACAAAGUACAACACUUGGUCAUUUGGUACAAACUGGAAGAUCAAUUGAUAUUGAUAUUAAAAGUCCAAAAUUAAUAAAAAGAACAAAAUCAUUUUGGCGUUUUAGACGAGAUUCUGAGGUACUUGAAGGUAUGGCAUUAUGGCAACAUCGUUCAUUAGUUGAUAUUCCAAAAAUCAUAAAAAAUGAAUCAAUAAAUGACAACUUGCGUAAAUCAACAACAGACAGUAUUAUGUCUGAUCAUAGUAUUGAUAAAGAAUCACACAGUAGUGAUAAUACAAUAACAAAUGACAAUAAUAAUAAUAAUAUUUCACAUAAACGUAAUUUAAAUAAUAGUAAUAAUAAUAUUAACAAUAAUUAUCAUCAUCAUCAACAACAACAACGUGAUGAACCAAAACCAGCUGAACGUAGUUUAUUACCAGAUAAAAUUGAUUAUUAUGAUGAUUUUCCAACACCAGCUGAACGUCCAAAAAUAAUUGAAAGAUCAGAAUAUAAAAUACAACAACAAAAAGAUGAACGUUCAUAUUUUGUUGGUAAUAUAUCAAGAAAAGCUAUUAUUGAAAAUGAAAGAAAACGUAGUAUUGAAGCUAAAAGACAUAUGGUUGUUGCUGAACUUAAAGAAAAUAAUGAAGCUAAAAAAGAAGAAAGACGUAAUAAUGGUAAAACAACAUAUGGUAAUGGUGGUGGUGGUGAUGAUGAUGAUGGAUUAAUACAAAAUUUUACAGAAACAGAAGCAUCUGAUGAAGAAUCAACAUAUAGUUGUAUUGUAGAAAAUGAAAAACGUAAUGAAAAAACAUUAUUACCAAGAACAAAAUUAAGACGUGAUAGUGAACGUGAAAGAGAUAAAAAUACAUGUGGUCCAUGGUAUGAUCUUUGGGGUGUUGAUGCAUCAGUUAAUAAUAAUAAUAAAAAAAAGAAAAAAUAAAAUAUACACACAACAAAUUAUCCCAUAUAUUUUUUUAUAUUUGUUUUGUUAAAAAUUAUUAUUAAUUUUAUUUGAUUGUUAGAUUAUAUAUAGUGUUAAAGUUUUAGCUGCUUAUUAUUGUUUAUAUUUUGGCAGUGUUGAAUGUUAAAAUUAGAAUAUAUAUUAUUGGAAAAAAUGAAAAUAUCAUUUGGCAAUUAAAUUGAGAGUAAUAAUUUUACAGAAAUCACAAUGCAUUUGCAACGGUGAAAUUAAGGAAGACUAAGACCAAUGAUCGUUCAGCGCCAGUGUUGUGAUUGAAUGAUGUAUAAAAAAUUAAUUUUUAUUUGUUAUUUAAUUAUGACAUAACAAUUGUCUUGUUAUUGAGACAAUUGGAGAGUUUAUUUAUUAUUUUGUUCUUGUUAACAAACAAAGAGAAAAAAAAAUGAUAAGCGAAAAGCGAAAAAUGAAAUUGGUUAUAUGAGAUUGUAUAUUUGUUUGUGUAUUUUUGUUUUUUAUUUAUUUGUCAUAAAUGAUGCUGCCAAUAUCCGUCCAACAAUAUCACAAGGAUUUAUCUAUGAGGGAUCAUUCAUUUCCUCCUUCUGGAUGUCUGGAACCAGGUUCUUUGUGGCAUCGUUAUUCUAUCGUUUUGAUAUCCUAUUUCCAGACAAGAAGGAACGAGGAAUUUUUUUACAUGUAUAGCAUCAGAAUCUUAUGCCACUUGGCUCAAUACCAAAAUGAAAUUUUAUUAACAUUCUUAAAGAAUAUUUCUUGCUUUUUUUUUUUUCGACGAAAACUAUUUAAAAAAAAAAAAAACAUAAAUUGUAGUUAUUCUUGGACACGUGACACUAUGUGCAAAAAUUAUCUUGAAACUUUUAUUUUGUAAGUGUUAAAAUACUUUUUUACAUCUUCAUUAUGUUCAAUAUGCCAUAUAAAAUUUCAUCUUGAAAAUGAGCUAAAACUUUAUCACAAUUUUUUGUCUUAAUUUACAUUUAAAGUUUUUAUGAUAAAUUUAUAUAUGUAUCACUAUUAAACGUGAUUUAAUUUUUUUUUUUGUUAAUUAAUUUUAUCUCAUUAUUAUUUCUUAAAUGUUUAAAAUUCAAAUUAAUUUUUUUUUUCAUUUAUCAGUUAAAUCAUAAAUUUAAAAAUAAAUAUAUUAUCAUCAGUUGAAGCUUUGCUAUCUUUAUUUUGUAAUAUACAAAAUUUUUUAUGUACUUUGUAUACUCCAAUUAUCAACGUACUAAUUUUCUGUUUGUUUUAUUUUAAAAAAUG